UUUUUUUUUUACUAUAUAGGAAAUACCUGAAUAACAUGUUUGGCAAGAGAACUCAUUGGCAGAACUAGCUACAGAUUUGAAACGAAUUAACCGCGACAUGAACAUUUGAUUUGUAAUUUUCAAAGUGAUAAGGUAACAAAGAAGUACAAUUCUUGUGGUUAUAAAUAGACCGUAGUUUGCACGAGUAAAAAGUAAAGUUUUAGAUUCAUAAAACACUCGAAUGAAUUUCGUCUCUCAACUAAGUCUCGGAACUCCAAGACAUGACAACAAUCAAACGCCAAAUCUCAGUAGAAGACAUACUUAUGGAGAUGUCAAAUGGCAAGUAAAGAUGUUAAAAAGCCAAAAGGAUGCGUCUGAAUUAAUACCUUACCAGGAACAAAGAAGACGCUUCAGUUUGCCCAAAACCCUAGAAAGUAGCUUUGAUUUACAAAACCUGUCUGAAGAAGAAGAGCCGUCCACAAGUAGACCACUCAUUGCCAUUAAAAAUUUUCUCCGUGUUGACGAAAAUGAGAAUGAAAGAGCCUCUUCCUACGGUAAAUCAUUGUUAGAGGACCUUCCAGAAGAACAUAAUUGCCGGUCUCUGGGUUGUGAACGUGUUGUUAUUAACGUCAGUGGACUUCCAUUUGAAACUCAAGUUCGAACACUGAACAGGUUUCCUGAAACUUUACUUGGCAACCCAGAGAAACGUAAACAGUUUUGGGAUGAAAAGAGGAAUGAAUAUUUUCUAGACAGACAUCGACCCUCAUUUCAAGCAAUUUUAUAUUACUACCAAAGUGGUGGAAGGCUUAAAAAGCCUUUAGAAGUUCCAAUAGAUAUUUUUCUAAGCGAGUUGUAUUUCUAUGAACUUGGUGACAAAGCCAUUGAUGGCUUUAAAUGUAAUGAAGGUUUUAUAAUGACAAAUGAUAAUGCUAAGCAGCUACUUCCCAAAACAAAAUGGGCUAAAAGUAUAUUUCUUGUCAUGGAAUAUCCCAAUCAUUCGAGAACCUCGAAGGUGUAUGCCAUGAUUUCAGUCUUUAUGAUCUUAACAUCUGUUGUGACAUUUUGUGUAGAAACAUUGCCGCAGCUAAAAGAUCUUGAGUGUAGAAAUAUAUCUUCAAUAGAUAGCUGGGCUAAUACAACUUACCAACAAGUGAUUCAUUUAUCAUCUCCCUUGUUCAUUAUUGAAACGUGCUGUGUUCUGUUUUUUUCCACUGAGCUAGUUCUACGCUUUUUUGUUACUCCAGGAAAAGUUAAAUUUUUGAAGACUUUAAUCAACUGGAUAGACCUUGCUUCAAUAGCACCAUUUUUUCUUUUGUUAGGUUCAAACCUCAUGUCUGGACAUUGUGGAGACAAACAUAAAGGUUCUGCACUAACUGUAUUAAGAGUACUUCGGGUUGUGCGGAUACUUAAGUUAAGCAAACAUUCUCACGGAUUAAGAAUUCUAGGAAUGACUUUAAAAACCAGCAUAAGAGAACUAACAAUGUUUCUUUUAUUCCUUGCUCUUGCAACAAUUAUUUUUUCAGGUGCUAUUUACUUUGUGGAACUGAAUAAUCCAGAUUGUAUGUUCAUGUCAAUACCUGACGCUUUUUGGUGGGCUAUCGUCACUAUGACAACCGUGGGCUAUGGAGAUUACGUACCAGUAGGAACUUUAGGAAAACUGAUCGGUGGCUUGUGUGUGUUAUCUGGUGUUUUGGUCAUAGCAUUACCAGUUCCUGUCAUUGUCGCAAACUUUAACAACUAUUAUAGGCAUUAUACAGUGUUAAGACAAUCAGAGAUGGAUGUAAUAACCAAAGAAGAUGUUUCUAAACCUUCGACUCAAGUUAUUCAUUUGCUGGGUAUUCCAAGGUUUUUGAGAUCUGAGUGUGACAGACGGACAGACAGACAGACGGACAUUUUGCACAAACCUAAUAGCGGCUGUUCACCUUACGGGGGGCCGCUAAAAAAGGUAGGUUUUAUUUCAAAUGAAAUAACUUCUUUAUUAAUGAAUACAAACACAUACACUUUGCAUAAAUAAGAUUUUCUCUUCAGUGUCCCACUAAUGAUUCUGCGCUCAAAAUGUUACUGUACACAUCUAUUUGUAAUUUUCAACUCUUUACUGAAUACGAAGAAACCUUGAGUCGAAUGCGUGAAUGCACGCAGAGCCGUAUUCAAGUAGUAAUUUAAUUUUCUCUGUGUGGCCAGUUAGUUUUUCCUAAAGAUAUCGUUAGAGCCGCUUUCAAACUACCCGUCCAGUGCCCACUUAUCUUUUCGAGCUCAGUGUCUAAAUUUAGGUUGCUGGCGAUUGUUGAUCGCAAGUUGGUAAAAUCCUGCACCACCGUAAGAGUGAGUGUGGUUUCUAAUAUAUAUCGCGGGUAUUUCUGCGGCAGACUUGUGCCAGGAUUUCGGUUUUGUAGACGCUUAUUGUAAGACUAAACCAUUGACAAGCAACUGCCAAAGCAUUCACAAGCCUUUGUAAUCCUUCUUAUCAAUGAGAUGUGAAUGCAGCAUCGUCUGCAAACAGCAGUUCCCUAAUCAAGAUACGCCGUGUCUUCGUUUUGGCUUUAAGGAGUGCCAGGUUAAAGAGCUUUCCAUUGGAUCUGCUGUGGAUAUAUACUCCAUCUUCCAGGGAUUACAACUGAAAAGUAGAUGUCAAAUAGUGUUGGAGCCAGAACACAUGCUUGUUUUACUCCGUUCUUGAUGGAGAAUGCUGUCAAACUGUACAAUGCCCUGCAUAGUUUUAUGAAAUGCUGACACUAGUUAACGUAGUUUGUUUGGACAUCCGAAUCUCUCUAAUACUGCAAACAGACCGCUUCUGCUAACAAAGUAGAUUGAUAUAUUAUGAAACUAUGGAAGAGUAAUAAUGAAAUUAAAUUUGCCUAUGUAUGAUUAGCUAUUGUGUUUUAUGUGCUUUAUGAAUGGGCUUUGUUGCUGCACAUAAAAAUUAUAUAUGUGUCAGACGCGAAUAGCCCAAAUUUUCAGUUUAAAAAAGUACAAAAAUAAUUUCUCUAUAGAAAAAGUUACGAAAGUUAUAUAAUAUAAAACCACAGACCUAUAUAUACUACAAAAGAAUAUAGGAAUUUGCUCUCUAUUUAUGAUUUAUUUAGGCAGGUGCUGUUUUACAAUUACAGACAAGUAUCAGAGUUUAGAAAAACCCAGACUUUAUUAAUAUAAUUAAAUGUAUAUAUUAAAAUCUGUAUUAAUGCAUUGGUAAUAUAGUAGAUCUAGAGCUGCAUAUUAUAAAUGAGAUUAAUAGAUUUAUGUUAAUAAAUUAAGUGGAGUAGACCCAGGAUGGCUGCCUGGUCGUGCGGUUUGCGCUCUGGAUUGUCGUUCGGAUUUAUCGAUGGUCGAGGGUUCAAAUCCUGCACGCUCCCAUCCCCCGUCGUCCUGCGGGAGGUUUGGACUAGGAAGUAAACUAUCUUCAACUCUGAAGGAACAUCCGAAACAUGUAAAACAUUUUACAAACAUUUUAUUCUAGAAUUUUAGAAACAAAUUUUUUUUUGCAUCUAGUACAGCACAGUAGACAAACUUACAAAAGCCGUCAAGUCGCAAUAGGUUCCGCGUAUAGGCUACACCAUUCACGGUUCUGUGUAUACCUUAGGUGCAGUCGUAUCCAGUGGCGUCACUAGGGUCGGUGUCACCCGGUGCGGUAAGCUCGGGGUGUCACCCCCCCCCCACUGGAAAAAAUAAUCUUCCCCUCAAAAACAAACAUCUUUCUUUUUUUUGAACAAUGAAACUGUAAGCUAAUUAAUAAAUUGUUUAGACUUGAUUCGAUUCUAUUUUAAUUUUAUCAAAUUUUCUUCUUCUUCUUCGUUUUCAUUUUUAUGCUGUAGUGUUCAGAUGACUAGACCAAUAUAUGAGAUGAACUGCACAGUGGUUUCCAAAUCAGGGAGCUCUCCAUAUAGUUUUCUUUGUAUUGGGGUGUUUUGGGGCCAGAGUCUUGUACGGGUAAAGAGAUCAUUCCUGUAGGACAUGGUGAGCAUUCUCUGGUUCCAAUUUUGAGCUUCCACCUGGAGACCCAAAUAGUUAUAGACCAAUAUCUCUAACAUCCAACAUUGGCAAAAUGGCAGAAAAAAAUUAUCAAUAACCGACUUUAUUGGUGGCUAGAAAGUACUUGCUCACUCCAUAAUGCACAAGCUGGCUUCAGGAAAGCAAGUAGAACAGAAAACCACCUCUUUCGUUUUAUCCAGGACAUUGUAGAAAGGUUUCAUGAAAACAAGCACACUACAGCAGUAUUUAUAGAUUUGCAGCAAGCCUAUGAUAGAGUGUGGAGAAAAGAUCUAUUUUUGAAGAUGAAAAAAAAAUGGGCAUCCUUGGAAAAAUCUACAGCUGGAUCAGGGCAUUCUUAAAAAAAAAAACCCAUCCAAACCCGAUUCGAAGGUGCCAUCUCUAGUAAAAAAAAAAGUUUGGAAGAAGGACUUCCACAAGGUUCAGCCCUUAGCUGCACUCUCUUUGUAAUCUUCAUGAAUGACCUCCCAAACCUCAUUUCGGUCAAUAAGGCAGACGACCUUUUAAUUUGGACUACAGAGAAAUAUCCAGUGUUGACUAGAUCCUAACUAAAUAGAGCCUUCACAACUAUCUCCACGUAUUCAAAAUUAUGGAAAAUGGAAAUAAACAAAGAAAAGUCAGUUUAUUCAAUCUUUAGCCACAGCAACAAAACUGGAAAAAGAAACAACAUCCUAAAAAUAGACUCACAACCAAUAAAUAAAGAAGAAAAACCAACAUAUCUUGGUGUAAAACUAGACCAAAGACUGUCUCUAAAACACUUUAUGGCAGAUUUAAAAGAAAAGGCAUCACAAAGAUUAAACAUAAUAAAACACCUAGCAGGAACAUACUGGGGAGCUGAAAAGAAAACCUUAAGACAGUUAUACACUGGAUACGUCAGAUCUGUCAUGGAUAAUUGUCUCUCCAUACAAGUAGCUGCCAUUAGACACAAUCCAAAACCAAGCCUUGCGUCUAAUUAGUGGAGGUAUGAGAACUACUCCCACAGCAGCCUGUGAAAUAGAUUCCAAUAUUGAACCUCUUAAGUUAGGCGCAACAGAGCAGCAUUAGAAGCUAUUGAGAGAUACAGAAGGUUGGAGGACGAUCAUCCAAAUAAAUUACUAACACAGAAAAAUAGGAAAAACAACUAUAAAAAGCAAAGGACUCUGAUCCAACUUACUGACGAACUAGCCCUAAAACACCACCUACCCAAUAACAGAGAAAAAAUUAACAGAUUUUCAAACAUUACACCCGGACUAAACUACAAGCAACUAACCAUCAAAACACAUUUACUAAAUAACACCUUAAAAAAAGAAUCAAAUCCACAGGAGCUCAAAGUAGGCACGCUUGAAACAAUUGAAAGCUAUAAAAAAACAGCUAUCCAUAUUUAUACAGACGGAUCGGCUUUCAAAGCCACCAUCAAUGCUGGUCUUGGUGCCUUCCUGGUCUUCCCUAAAAAUAAACACUUUGAGAUAAGCGCACCCUGUGGCGAUUACUGCUCAAACUUUCAAGCCGAAAUUGAGGCAAUUACCAUAGCACUACAGACAGUGGAAAACAAAUUAUAUGAAGGAGUGCAACCACCAUCAGAUAUUGUUGUCUUUACAGACUCCCAAUCUACUCUGCAAGCACUUAACAGCAGCACCUCAAACAGCCCAAGAGAGUUGACAACACUAAUUGUGAUAAUCCAUCAGAUGAUAUCAAAAUUAAAUAUCAAUAUUACACUACAGUGGAUCCCUGGACACAUUGGCAUCAUGGGAAAUGAAAAGGCAGACAAGCUAUCAAAGGCAGGUUCAUCUAUGGAACAACCAGAUAGACCUGUAAACUACCUCACCCUAAGGUCAAUGUUAGUCAACAAUCAUAAGGAGGAGUGGCUCAACCAAUGGGCAUCAGGAAACACAGGCAGAGCCAUGUACAAAGAAAUGACUACGCCUAACAAACUGGACAGUAUUAACUUCCUCCCCCGCAAAGAACACUCUACAAUUUUCCAACUAAGAACAGGACACACACCACUAUUAAAUUACCACCUGAACAAAAUAAACUCCACACAACUCCCCCUUUGCAGGCACUGCGCCCACCCCUUUGAAACCGUAAACUAUAUCCUCUUUGAAUGCCCCUCCCUAGUCCACCUUAGGCAGACCCUACUUCCACUGCAGCCCAACAUAACCAACACCCUGUACGGCAGUGCUGAACAACUAAAGAAAACAGCACACUUUUUUUCCUUGGCACAGUCUGCAAAAGAGCUCACAGCUCAGCAGCAAUAAAGCUGGCUAGAAGAAGAAGAAUACUAUGCUUUCUAGAUAUGUGAAGUGGUCUACCACGUUAAGGGGACGUCCAUUUGGGGCUGAGUAGGUUUUCUUGGGUCACUUCUGGAACAUGACGUCUGUUAUCCCGAGGUUUAUAGAUAAACACAAAGAGGCGGCAGCGUAUGUGAAUUCGUUGACCGCGAUCUGAAGAUCAUGUUCAUUGUGAGCUAGCAGGGCGCAAUCAUCAGCAUAGAGAAGCUCUGUUAUAACCUUUUUUAUUGUUUUUGUAUGGGAUAGUAGACGUCGACGAUUAAACACAUUGCCGUCCGAACGAAACCUGAUGUCGAUGCCUUUCAGCAAUCGCUGCCUCAUUUGACCCAGUAUUGCGCCAAGGAAGAUAGCCUUUUUGUCCCACUUGAAACUGCCUGAGAAUGGAUGGGAGCGUAGUUGGGCAUCCGAGCCUGGCCAAAAUCCUCCAUAAAUCAAAGACCGUGUCGAAAGCCUUGGUGAGGUCCACAAAGGCAGCGUAGGCCUAUAAAUAGGUUUAUAUAGUAUACUAGACUUAAAUCUAGUCUAAAAUCAAGACGCUAGAUCUACACUACGUAAAGUUACAGUCUAGAGUAAAUUCUAAUUAUCUUAGGUUCUAUUUCUACUAUAAUUAUAAGCUGAUAUAUAACCUAGAAGUAGAUCUAUAGGGCCUACUGAUUCUAUAGUUACAAUGUGAAUUCAACUUGAAUAUUUAUGCUUAUAUAGAUUACAGAUUAUAACUUGAUUUAAUAGAUCUAUGACUAUUAUGACAAGACCCAUGGCAUGUGUGAGAUCAAUUUUUCAAAGCAACUAUAAUCAAUAGACUUCAUCUAAAACAAAUUCAUUCAUAUAUUCACUUGCGAUUUUUUAAAAUUUAUAAGCUCAGUAUUAUUUUGGACCUAUGUCUCACAACGGCUGAUAAGAGAAAUCAGGUAUAAACAUCAUGAGAAAACACGACCCCUUAACUCAAGAAAACAUUAAGAAAUUAAAACAGACACAAAAUAGACAGUGAGGUUUAUAACAAACAAAUAUUCACAAUUGCUAUAGGUUCUUAUAUUUUGGACACUCCAUCGAAUUCUCCUUCAAUGAACGGGUAGUUUUAUUUGUUUGUAAUUCAUUUGUUUUUAUGUUUGGAGCAAAAAUUGACGUUUCGGGACUGUUCAAUUUUAGAUAAGUUCCGGUAAUUUUGUUCCGUUUUUCCAAAGCAGAUGGCAGUUUUUUAGAUUCUCGGUAACCAUGUAUGUAAAGCUGUUGUUUUAACCUCCCCCGGCAAUUCAUACCCAUAGAAGGGAUGACGGCUAUAUUAUGAGCCUGUUUGAUCGUAGGCUGAUGGGCAUAUCAAAAUAAGCUUCCAAACAUCUUUAGAAAGACAUUCCAAUCACAUUUAUACCGUUAGCUGUUAAAUAAAAUUUAAAAAGGGGUUGCCCAACGAAUAAUAAUGAAUUCAGCUCAUUCAAAAUCGUAAUAAGAAAUAUUAUUGGGAUUAAUAAAUCUAUGAUUUUUUCAAUGAAUAACCAUGACCUAGAUCGAGAUAUCUAGAAUAUAUAAUUUAUGAAUGAAAGAAAAAGUGCGGGCUGCUAAUUUGAAGCCAGAGACCAUGCCCACUGAAGGUGAUCACUCCAGAUGAGCUGGCGGUGAGGAGAGGUAUACACUAAGCGUUUAGUGUCACAAACUAUCAAACAGGCAGUGGAGGGAAGGGGGAGAGAGUCAUGAAAAGACAAAGAAAAGCAGCUAUGGGAGGGAGGGGAUGUUAAGGUGUAACAAAACGAACAUCCAAAUUAUGAAAACAAGAAGAGGGUCCUUGGAUAGGAAUUAAAAGAAAGACAGAGAGAAAAUACAUGUAGCCAAUGUAGCCUAGUUGAAAAUAUCAUGUUUAUUAAAUUAUAAUAAUUAAUUUAUAGAUAUAUGAUCUAUAUAUAUUUAUUUCUGUCUGUUUCUACACAUAGAUUACAUAGGU